UAGACGUAAAGUGAAGACUUGUUUUUAAAAAUAAAGAAAAAGUUAUUAGGAAAAAAUUUUUUUUUGUAAAUAUUAAAAUAAUAAUUUGCAGUGAGAUGUUUUUACAAAAAUGAUAAUGAAUUUUUGGUUUAUAUUUUAUUGCUUGUAAAAUGGGUGCAAAGGAAUCAAAGCCCCCUUGUAUUAUUAAUUACGAAGAAGCUUUAAAGAGGGUAUCUGAUGCAGAAGCGAAAAGAAUUAAAGAGGCGUUUAUUAAAUCAACAGGACCCGGUAUUCAAUAUUUAAGCCAAAGUGCCUUUAAACAAGAUGUUUUAUGCGAGAAAGUUCCUCCUCUUGUAGCUGAAUGGAUUUAUAUAGGAUGUGGUGGAACGUCAAAAGGAAUUUUAUUUAAAGACUUAUUUUGUGCCCUAGUUUUAUUAACUCGAGGAAAAGAUGAAGAAAAAAUUAGAUUUUUGUGGAAUUUGUAUAGUAAUGAAGCUGGAAGUUAUAUUUUGAAAUCAGAUUAUACAAAGUAUUUGAAUUUAGAAUUGAAUGCGCAUUCAAAAGAUUUACAGAAAUUAACAAAUACAAAAGAUGUAUUAUCAUUGUUUUCACAAUCGGAACGAGUUACUUUUGAUCAAUUCAAAGAAUGGAUUGUAUCCCAUAAAAAUUCGACUGUAUUAUCAAAAUGGUUGUUAUCUCAACAAUGUCUUUGUUUGACUUCGGAAUUAGAAACUCCUACAUUUUAUCAGAGUUUAGCUGGUGUCACACAUUUGGAAGAACAAGAUAUUGGCCAUUUAGAGAAAGAGUUUUGGCGUUUAAAAAGCUCAUCGUUAAAUAACCAACUAGAUUUGGAUUUACUAGGUCCAUUAUUAAGCCCACCAAUUCCAAAGACGGCUUUAAGAGGGUUUUUUAAUGCGUUUGAUGAAAAUUGUGAUGGUCAUAUUGAUUUUAAAGAACUUUGUUGUGGAGUAAGCGCCGCUUGUCGAGGUCCAAAUGUUGAAAGAAGCAAAUUUUGUUUUAAAAUAUUUGAUUUGGAUCGCGACUCUCUCCUAAAUUUCAAUGAAGUUAAUCAGAUGAUAGAUAUUUUGAUGUUUGUUGCCCGUGAAAGCUCUUCAGCAAAUGACUAUGAAAGAAUAACUAAAAACAAUGUAUUGAACGAUCUAAUACGUUUUGUUAGAAAAAAAGAUUCAAAUCAAGUAUCCGAGCAUGCAGAAGAUUUGAGUUCCUCAUUAACUCUUACUCAAGAAGAUUUUAUGAUGUGGAAUGUUGAAAGCUCACUGAAUUUAGUUCGACCUUUUUUGGAUUUAACUUUUGAAAUUUGUCAUAUAAUUUUUGGCAUUCCACCACAAUGCAGGCAUAUGGAAUAUGAAAUCGUUAGAGGAUGGCUUAAUCGUGAAGAUCGGCGUGGCCAUAGAGUAGGUCAAUUUUGGUAUUUAAUAUCUAAAGACUGGUGGAAUUCUUGGGUGCAAUAUACACAAACAUUUACAAUAGUGCCUUGUAUAUACUGCAAAGCAUCAAGCAAUUUGCAACCAAAAAAUAUAAGCAUUUCGUCAGGUUGUGUUGGAACAAGCGUUGAUGAGGCAUUAGUAUGCGACGAAAGUUUUUCUUCUAAUGUAUCAGAAUCUGUAGGAGAUUUGUUGACUAAUACUGAUAAUUCAAGCUUAGGAUCUGGAAGUAGUGGUAUAUCAUAUGGCAAGUACACUAAACAGCCAGGACCUAUCGAUAACACAAAUUUAAUUAUUCCGAAUCCAUUCAAAAGUAUACAUACUUUAACUGGUGAAGGAGGCCAUUUGAAAAAGGAUACACCGUUGAUUCAAGGACAUGAUUUUGAAUUAGUUCCGAAAUCUUUAUGGGAUGCUCUAGCUCGAUGGUACACGGCUAUCGUUCCACUGCCUAGACAAGUAAUUCAACCGCCCAAUUCUCCUGAUGUAGAGCUCGAAUUGUAUCCCUUAAAUUUAAGAAUUUUGCUUCAUCAAAUUGUUCCUAUGACAUCUCAAACAAUUCCGACAUGGAAUGCAAUGUCAGGUGGAUACGGUGCUAUUGCUUCAGGAGGUGCAUUUGUGUCGAUGAAUUCUGCAUCGAAUUUGCAACCACCUAAAAGAUAUUUAGCUUACACAGCUGCCUUCAGUCGUUUAGCUACCGUUAAAUUAAUUGGUGAAUUUCUUUGCGAUAACCUUAAACUUAAAUAUGAAGAUAUAAGGUUAUGGCAUAUAUCCAAUUCACAAAAUGCCUGCGAUGAUAUUCCUGUUUUAUUGGAUGAAGAAACAAUGACUUUAGAGGAUCUUUAUAUAACAGAUAAGGGUCAACUACUUUUAGAAAUUCGAAAUAAAGAUCUUACGUGGCCAGAAGAAUUAGGUUCUUUGGCUCAAAGCGCAAGUAUUGGAAGUCAUGUCCAAGAUCGAAGAAUGACACGGGCUUCAAUUCAUUCAAUGCAUGUGCCAGGUGCAACAGGAUUACAUAAUUUGGGUAAUACAUGUUUUAUGAACGCAGCUCUCCAGGUUUUAUUCAAUACAGCCCCACUAAGCAUGUAUUUUAAAAAAAAUAUGCAUGUUUAUGAAUUAAAUACAGCGAAUAAACUUGGAACAAAAGGUCAAUUGGCAACUCGUUAUGCAGAAUUAUUAAAAGAGAUUUGGACGUCAACAACACGUUCUGUUGCACCCUUGAAAUUAAGAUUUUGUGUAACUAAAUUCGCACCACAGUUUGCGGGGGGUGGUCAACAUGAUUCUCAAGAAUUAUUAGAAUGGAUGCUUGAUGGGCUGCAUGAGGAUUUAAAUAGAGUAACCGAAAAGCCAUAUACGGAAUUAAAAGAUUCAAAUGGUCGUCCUGACGAAGAAGUUGCUCAUGAAGCCUGGACACUCCAUCAUUCCAGAAACCAAAGUAUUGUUAUAGAUUUGUUUUAUGGUCAGUUGAAAUCGAAAGUUAGUUGUUUAAGAUGUGGAAAAGAAUCUGUUCGUUUUGAUCCAUUUAGUCUGUUAAGUUUACCAUUACCGGUUGAAAAUUACAUAUAUUUUGAAAUAUUAGUAAUAUUUCUUGAUGGUGGUGUUCCUACAAAAUACGGAAUACGUCUUAAUUCUGAUUCUACCUAUUAUGAUAUUAAAAAAGAAGUUUCGAAUUUAUGUCAUCUUAAUCCGAAUUUAAUGUUAUUAUGUCAAGUUGCCAAUUCACAAAUUAAAAUUAUAUUUCAUGAUGAGCAAAAAUUUAAAUCAACUACACCUACAGAACUUCAUAUAUAUCAACUACCUGAAGAUAACGACGAUAAUCGGUCAAGGACAAGUUCAAUUUUAGGUGUUAAUAUCGAAAAAGGAUUAAAAGACAUCCAAAGAAGUCCAGAUUUUUUAGCUCUACUUAUAGCAUCAGAUAAUCAGCAAACUUCUCACCAGCAAAAUAAUCAAUUACAAACACAAUCCUCAACAACAAUUGCACAUUUUAACAAUCAAUCAAUACCACAAAAUUCAUAUUCAUCGAACACCACUGACGAAACUACUGCUAUUGAUAAUUCAUUUCCAGCUACAUUUAUUGAGCAAACUGAAAUAAAAAAAUCUUCGAAGGUAAGACGGUGCUUUGGAAACACCACUAUGUGCAUGCCCCAGACCCUGUUGUGCUUCAAGCAAUCAAUUGAUAUAAGUACUAGCCCUGAGAGCUCAUUUGUUCAUAAUUUACGGCGUAAAAGGAUUUCAACCACAAAUUUACUUUCUGAUAAUACUCAAAUGUUUAGUUACAGUUCAGAUGAAGGUACAACCAGUAGUAUCGAAAAAGGGCCAACAUUAAGUCGUUUAUCUCAUUUAAAUAACGUAGAUUUAGAACAGGAAAAUGGUGUUCGUCAAAAUACUUUCGUAGAACAAAAUCCUUUACGUAAUGAAAAUAUAAUAAUAACACGUUCAAAUUGUAAACGUAUUUCAAAUAAUAGUGAUAGUGAUGAUAGUAACCAUUCAAUUAAUUCAGAAAAAUCAAAUAAAAAUCUAAGAAUGAACUAUAUAAAAAAUGAAACAAAUAGCUUUGAUGAAAACGAAACUGAUGUGCAAUAUAGAAAUAUAGUGUUGGAACGAAAUUUACAUUAUUCACAUGCUAAAAUUGGAAAAUAUUUAGUUGCAGUACAUAGAAAAUUGAAUAGGCAAGAUGCAUAUUUCUUAUCAUAUCAUAAAACACGUCCAAAUUUAUUUGGUGUGCCACUUUUAAUACCAUGCUAUGAAAAUGCAACAAAUAAAGAUUUAUAUUGUGCUGUAUGGGUGCAAGUAAAUCGCUUACUAACUCCGUUACCACCUACCCCAGAUCAAUCUAAUCAUGCUGCUGACUGUGAUGAUAGCUUGGGAUACGAUUUUCCAUUUACGUUAAGUGUGUGUACUUAUGACGGAAAAACGUGUGCUCUUUGUCCUUGGUCAAAUUUUUGUCAUGGUUGUGAAAUUCCUUGCAAUGAUGAUUUUAUAUUACAAGGACAACUGCAAGCAUCAAGUGCAUGUUCAAGUAACUCUUCUACGCCAAAGUUAUCCCACAAAGUAACUUCAAUUCCUAGUUUCGAUCCCAAUCGUUUAUCCCCGGUCGAGAGCAAUAGUAUAAAUUUAAGUGCCAAUAAUAUUUAUAUUGCAAUUGAUUGGGAUCCUACAGCAUUACAUUUACGAUAUCAAAGCACAAGAGAAAAGAUAUGGGUUGAUCAUGAAUCCAUUGAUAUAUGCAAACGAGAGCAAUCGCAACCUGUUGAUCUAGAUCAUUGUUUAAGAGCAUUUACUUCAGAGGAAAAAUUAGAACAGUGGUACCAUUGUAGUCAUUGCAAAGCUAAAACUCCUGCAACUAAAAAAUUACAAAUAUGGAGAUUACCUCCUAUUUUGAUAAUUCAUUUAAAACGUUUUAAUUUUGUAAACAAUAAAUGGGUGAAAUCACACGCUAAUGUUAGCUUUCCCUUUGAUAAUUUCGAUCCAACGCCAUAUUUGGCAUCUGUGCCACAAGAGACCAUUUUGCGUCAUAAUGACUUAAAAAUCUUUAAUUAUAAUGAUUUAAGAAACUCUACGUGCAAUGAAGAUGAUAACGAAAAUGAUGAUGAUAGUAUUGAUAUUCGUAUUGAAAAAAAUUUAGAAAAUGAUUUAAAUGAAUUCAAUAAUAUUGAUAGUGUUAAUAGUCAAAUAAAAAAAUCUAUAAUAUUAAGUAAUAAAAAUGAUGAAAAUGUAAUUACAAAUGAAAAAGAUGCUACAAUAAAUAAAAUUACACAAAAUAUUGAUGAUAAUAUUAUACAAAAAACAGCCAAAGAUGAAAUUCAACAAAAAAUUAAUUCAUAUAUAGAAAAACAAUUAAUAAAAAAUAAAUCAAUAACAGUUGAAAAUAAAAAAAGUGAAAAUAAUUCAGAAGAAAGUUUUAGAAAAAAUAAUAAUAAAAAUAAUAAUGAUAAUAAUAAAAGCAAUAACAAUAAUAAUAAUAAUAAUAAUAACAAUAAAAAUAAUACAAUAAAUCGUAAACGCUUAAUAUCAACUAGUUUAGUUAAAACACCUGUAAUUGAUGGCCAAUUUAAAGAUUAUCAUCAUCAUAAAUUAAAGGAGGGUGCAGAUGCACUUGAUUUAAAAUAUAAAUUAUAUGCAGUUGUUUCACAUUCCGGCAUGUUAAAUGGUGGGCAUUAUGUAUCAUAUGCUGCAAAUCCAAAUGGUAAUUGGUAUUGUUUUAAUGAUAGCUCAUGUAGAGAAAUACCAAAAAGACCAGAUAUAGAUCCAAGCUCAUCUUAUCUAUUAUUUUAUGAACGUAAGCAUUUAGAAUACGAACCAUAUUUACCAAAUUGUGAAGGACGUAUCAUUCCAAAUGGUAAUGUAAAUGCUAUCGAAUUAGAUGAUAGUGAAAAUGAUUUGAAAAAAAUGUGUAUUUUAUCUUGAAAAAAUUUUUUUGAAAUUAACCAUUAAAAUGAAAAUUCGUAAUUUCUAUUGUGGUAUAAAAUAUUUGGUGAUAUAAAUUAAAAUAUUAUACAUAUACAUAUACAUUUUUUUUUUAAAUAUUACAAAAAAAAAUUUUUUAAAAAAUAAUUACUUAAUAUUUUAUUAAUUUUUUCUAAAAAAGAAAAAAAUUGUGUAUUAUGUGUGUGUAUGUAGGUAUAUGACUGGUUUUAAGGCUUAAAAAACUUUAAUUUCAAAUCACACAAACUCAAAAUUUGAAUCUUUUUUUCGAAUACUCUUCCCAAAAGCGCAUAGAGUAUAAGCAUAAAUAUUUUAAUUUUGGUUAAUUAUCAGGUUUCAUCAAAGCAUUGGAAAAAUAUUUAAAAUAUUCAAGAGCAGCAAACCAUUCUGAAAAAUAGCGAACGAUUCAUUCUAAAUUAUCACAAAAAAAUAAUGAUUUAAAUACCCUCAUGAAACAACACUACUCUGUUAGUUUCUAAUUAAACUAAUAAUCAUUUCGGAUGGUUCAUUCCAUAUCGUAAUAAAAAAACAAAUUCAAAUUUUGAUCAAAUACCAUUUUUGUGUGAUUAAAUUUCAAAAUCAAAAAAAAUCAAUUAUUCAAUGAAUAUCAAAAAAAUUUGGAAACUUUUUAAGCUUUAUUUACCAAUCUUCAAUUACAUAUGCAUAAAUAUAUUUAAGUAAUAGAUUUAUUAUAAUUAAUAUAUUCGUUUUUUUUUUUUAACUUAAUCUCAUCAUUCAUCAAAUCGCGAUAGUAAUCAUUCAAUGGUAUAUAGUAAAUACUUUUAACUCUAUUCCUUUAUAAAAAUACAUUCGUCGAGUAAUUUUUGCUUCGAAACUCAAUAACUUAGUUAUUAAAACCUUUGGAUAAAAUAUUUCAUUAAGGAAAAGUUCUAACAUUUUCAUAAAAUUCUCUUAAAGAAUUUGUAAAUCGAAAAAAAAAAAAACAAUUUAGUUACAAAUGAAGAGUCUUGCAUGAUUCUUUCCUUUUUUAAAGUUUUCAGCAAAGUUUGUAAUGCUUUACUUCUAAUUUAAAAUUUUUCUUCAAAAGUAAUCAUAUAAUUGCUUUUACAGCUUUUCAUCUAUUCUGAGUCAGUUGUCACGUUCAAAUCUACUGAAUUUCUUACUUAUUAUAGUGCCAUUUAUGGUGAUAUUGUAAAAUUCGGAAAUUAUGAAAUUGUUUCCAAUUAUUAUUUUCUGCAAUAUUUUUUCAAAUCUAUACAAAACUAUUAGUUUUAAUCUAUUUUAUCUUUACCAAUUCGAUAACUGUCGGUAAUUAUUGAUAAUUAUUAGUUGUUCAAUUAAAUUUUAGCCGAAGAUUAUGAUGGUAUAACAAAUAAGUUAAACCACCGCUAAAUUUUGAAACGAGAAGCUUCACAAAGAGGAUUUUAGGCAGUUUUGCCCUUAACAGUAUCCAAUCUAUAUUUCACUAGAUUUAAGAUGGUUUCUUUUCAAAAAAAAAAAUUUGUGAGUCUUAAAACAAACUUUUAUUUUAUAAGUCAAGUAGCAGUACCUUGCUACAUCACUACUUUAAUAACGUCAUCAAUAUACGUUUGUGUUUGAUAAUUAUUCAUUUUUCUCACCGAAUUCAUAUAUGAUUCUAAGUCGGAAAAUUAAAGUAUCCCAUAAUGAUAUUUUUAUCCAUGAUUAUUCAUAUUUAAUAUAAUUAUAAAUUAAUAAGAUAUACGUAUAAAUAUUAAUAAAUUAAUAAACAAAAAAAAAACAAAACAAAUCGCUUUAAAUGUUUUUACAAAAUAAAUUAAAUAAAAAUUUAAUAAAAUUAAAAAAAUAAAAAUUAUUAUAAAAAAUGUAAAAUGUGCAAAACAAAUUUUUUUUUGAAAAUCAUAAUUAAA